UUAUCUUCAACAAACACACAGUAAAUAUUCUAGUCUACAUUAUUUCUUGCAAUUCCACUAACAACAAUUUUUCAGCAAAAAAAAUGGCUGAUGAAGUUGUCCUUUUGGGUACAUAUGUGAGCAUGUUUGCUGUGAGAGUAAAGAUUGCCCUGGCUGACAAAGGGAUCCAAUAUGAGUACAAAGAAGAGAACUUGGUGAACAAAAGUCCUUUACUCUUACAAAUGAAUCCAAUUCACAAGAAAAUCCCAGUGUUGAUCCAUAAUGGAAAACCAAUAUGUGAGUCACUCAUAAUUGUUGAGUACAUAGAUGAAGUUUGGAAGGACAAAUCACCUUUGUUGCCUAGUGAUCCUUAUAAGAAAGCUCAAGCUAGGUUUUGGGCAGAUUAUGUUGACAAAAAGAUUUAUGAUGGUGGAAAGAAAAUUUGGACAACAAAAGUGGAGGACCAAGAAGCAGCCAAUAAAGAAUUCAUAGAGUGUUUGAAGGUGUUGGAAGGGGAAUUGGGAGACAAGCCAUACUUUGGUGGAGAAAGUUUUGGUUUUGUGGAUUUGGCACUUAUUCCUUACUACAGUUGGUUCCCUGCUUAUGAAAAAUUUGGCAAAUUUAGUAUUGAACCAGAGUGUCCUAAGUUUGUGGCAUGGGCCAAGAGGUGUAUGCAAAAGGAGAAUGUCUCUAAGUAUCUUUCUGAUCCUGACAAAAUCUAUGAUUUUGUUGUCAUGUUGAGACAGAGGAUGGGCAUUGCCUAAAAAAGCCGGAUCUAGAGCGGGUUCUGCAGGUUCAACUGAA